AUGGCCACGCCACGACGAUCAGAUGAAAUUUCCAAUCCAAUUUGGAGCGGAACCAACCUCCCAACUCGCGUUCGUCAUGACGUCCCUCUCAGCAUUCGAACAUCCACGAUCAUGGGCGGUAGCGUGGGAAUGGGGCUUUUUUGUGAUAGAGAUGUUCAGGAUGGAGAGUUGAUCUUUGCUAUCAAGCAACCGCUGAUCGCUGUGGCAUGUCAAGAAGAGGCCUGGAAUCAUCAUCACAAGUACGAGUGUCGGACUUAUGCCAAAUGCCUGGAGUCUAGAGUUGCUUCUGGAACCAAUCUUCUAAUUUUCAACCCGACUUUCCGUAUGUUAGCACGCUUAGUCUGCUUGCAUGACAAGCAAAAGCUCAAGCCAGAAUACAGUUGGCGAGAGUUUGAAAGGCUUGCGACAUAUGAAACUCAUCGCAGUCAAGUAAUGGAGUUACCAGUACCUGCUGCUAUACUUCUCAAGAAAGUCACCAACACGACUCUCUCUCAUGAGCAGAUACGUAUGCUGACGUAUACUGUCGGCGGAAACCAAAAGCAUAUGGCAGCUCCAGUCAUUCGAGGCUCUCAAACCUGGCUCGAUCCUCUCAUGGAUUGGGGUGCUGCUGUAGGUUACUGCCUCGAGCCCUUUAUGGCAGUACUGCAGCAUUCGUGCACAGGAAAUGUGUAUGUUAUGUACGAGAGCAACGAGUUGAGAGUCCGAGCUCUGAGGGACAUUUCGAAAGACGAAGAGCUUCUAAUCCCAUGGGUCGAGAUUUCCGACGAUAGGAGAGUACGUCUUGAUAAGCUCAUUUACAAUUGGAAUCUGACCUGCAGAUGUGAUGCUUGUCGAAACGGACCUACAAUGACUCCCGACCUUCUCAAGCGAUCCUUCAAGCUCAUCAACUUGAAAGAAGAGAAAGAAUGCCUAAGUCUCCUGCCAGAUAUUGAGUCUACUAUGACAGAGUUGCAGAGCAGUGGCCUUGGCAAUUCGCAAGCGAUGCGCCGUCUCGUUCGCCGCGCCAUAGCCGGCCACUUGGGUCGGAAGAACGACCUCUCGUUAACCAAAGCACUCAAACUUUUCCUCAAAAUCUACUACGUGAUCGAUCAUCAAACGAGCCCACCGACACGUCGUCUUGAGCAUCUUGCUACUAUGCACGAUAUUCGCUCUCUGUUAUACGCUCCAUUGCUGGGCUGGGCAAGAGAUGUGCAGCCGUAUCCAGAACGCAUCAAAGUCCUCCUAGUCAAUAUCUAUCCUUACUGGUGUGUCAAGAUCGCUGAAGAUAUUCGACUUGCUUUCGGAGCAGACUCAGCAGCGUGUCGUGUCGAGCAGAGAUGGAGAGAUGAAGUACUUCACUACUUUAAUAUUCCAGGUCAUUACGACACCCUUCUAGCCGACAAAAGCUUGCAUCGAAGAUAUGUUGACAUUUCGCAAGACUUGGCUGCGAGGCGUUUGUUUGUCAAAGAUGUGAACGCCCUAUUGGCAUGGGCGGGUAUCCCGACCCAGACUUACGAGCAAAUGAUGCGUUGA